CGCCGCCUCCUCCUUCUCUUUGUGUAACUAACACAAACUAAACACCAGUUGUGUAAACGUUUGUCGCUGUUGACGGACACAUCCGUUUUUUUUUACGGGUUAUUUGAACAGAACUCCAUUUGAACCUCGGUUCAAACCUCAGCCCCCAAGAAGAACUCCAUUACCCGGCAUCCCUCGCUGUGUGUGUCUGUACGGUCUGUUCUCUCCGCGGUGUGUCGGUGCUGCUCCGGGGCCAUUGGGGCUGUGAACCUGCAGCUGCUGCCCGGGCAGAGAGCUCCUGAGAUGGGUAACUGAAGAGACACGUUACCCCCCCUCGAGUCCUCCAGCGAGUCCACCAUGAUGUCUAUGACUUUUGAGGUGUCGAACAGCGUGACGCUGCUGUUCGACUUCUGGAACGUGAACGGGCCUGUGGGGAUGGCGUUGUCGGUGUUCGUCGUCUUCCUCCUGACCGUCUUCUACGAGGUGCUGAAGGUCUGGAGGCUGUGGCUGGGAAAUAAGUCGAAGCUGGCAGAGCCGUACCUCGGCCCUGCGGCCCUCCACAGCGACUGCAGCUCCUCACUGGGCAGAAGCUCCUCCGAAUCCUCCGUGACCCCCAUCAGGCCUCCUCCUCCAGCUCCCAACACCAGGAACAGCUGGCUGCUGCACGGGAUCCAGACCGUCCUCCACAUGCUGCAGGUGUCUCUCGGCUACAUGCUGAUGUUGUGCGUCAUGACCUACAACGUGUGGAUCUUCAUCGGCGUCAUGAUCGGAACUGGUCUGGGUUAUUUCAUCUCCUUCCCCCUGCUGGGUCAGACCUGAUGGUCAUGGACGAGUCACUCUCUGGAUUCCAGACGGGAGGAGGUCGUUUUUUUGUUUGGAUACUAAAUGGGAAAACCACUCAAUGACUAAUCUCUGCACUUGUUUGUCAAAUUUUAACACUUGAGAAGCAAUAACAUCGAAUCAUGUUGCUUUUAUGCCUGAAAAUGAGCUGCACAAUUAUACAGAGAAUGCAACAUAUCAUUUGUACCAGUCACUAAUCUCAGUGUUAGGUGUCCAGCCUCUGGACUCUUUUAAAACACUUCAAAUGGACGUUUCAGAUGUCUCUGAGGCAUUUUCCUUUUAUCCCCUUCACAGCAGCAAACAUCUAAAGGAGUUUAGAAACGUGCACGUGCUGCCUCCUUGUGCUGAAUGUCCUGUACGGAAUGGGAAGUCUUCCACUGUUUGUAGCUUUCACUGUAUAUUUUUCUGAUCAGUACUGACGGCUGUUGAGCGACAGGUCAUUUAAAGUUGUGUCAGAUAGAGGAACUGGCCCAUGUGAUUUUUCUUUCUCCUCUGUAGCUUGUAAACCUCGUCCAGAUGGGAGUCACUCUCACAUGUGUAUGGGGACGGAGCACGUAGGUCAUGUGGUUCUGUGGAAAUCAUUGACAAACCACGAACCUCAAAAAGAACCAUCAAAAAGCCGGUGCCUUGCCACUAACACUUUCAGAUGUGUUUGAUAGAAAUGUGCUCCUCCUCUCUUUUUGAGGAACUGUUUUUUGUAAUCGAUUGUGAAACAUGAGAAGAAAUGUGUCUGAUCAUCUGAGGAUGUUUGUAGCUGUGUUUUGCUUUUCUGAGAAUAAAUAAAUCUCUUGAUUUAACAUGAAAAUCAG